GGUCUAUUGUCACUCGAAUAAACCGGUUAAGACAGCCGCCAUGUUUGCUUAUAUAAAUAAUUCUUCUCUGUUGGAUACUUAUUAAAUCAUCUGCGGUCGUUGGAAGACGUCGUAAAUUUUCCUUUACACAUUUUUUUAAGCGCCAUACAAUCACUGAUCGAUUAGGAUUUAAAAGCGAUUAUGGAGUACAUUGCGAUACUAGUGGCUGUUAUUUGCCUGUUUGUCGUUACCGUUCCCGCGUCGGGUCUUACCUGCUACGUGUGCGAUUCGGUAACCUACCCUAAUUCAUGUGACGUAGAAAACUUCGACCCAAGCAAGCAUGCGCAGACCACCACCACCACCGUACCCCAUCCCCCCGACACCGGAAAGACAUGCGUGUACUGCACAAAGGGGUACUACCACAACCCAUAUACGGGCGUUUACAGUUAUGCACGUGGUUGUGAGAAUUCCCCACGAGGCGUCGGAUGUCUGAAGGACGCUUGCUCCUGUACGACUGACCUCUGCAACAGCGCUGUAACCAUGUCAUCAAACGCACAUGCAUUCCUAGCACUCGUAGCAUUUGGGGCCGUCACAUAUUUGAUGAAUUCAAGAGCCUUAUGAUAGCAGAGAUGGAUCUUCUUUACAACGAACAAGUUGUUAUGCUUUUUAUGUGAGUUUCGUGACUCAAUUCGUAGAUAUUGUAUGCAUUUCUUUUGUAUUACUUAUAUGUGUGACAUAUUCGUGAAGACACACUGUGUGAUGCUUGUUUCGAAGUGUUUUGUAAACAUUUAAUGUUUGUACCAAUUCUACGACAUGUUUGUGUUAAUCUGUAUACUAAUGCUUAAUUACUUAAUGCAUGUAACAUAUUAAAAUUGUAAGUUUACCUUAAA